CUACUGUAUAAUCAAGCUUCGUAAACAUUCUAUCUAUAAUUGUGAUACAUAUAUAUUUUUAGGAAGAACAGUAUUGUUAUUAUUAUUAAUAUUACAAUUAUACAAAGAAGACAAAUAUCUAAAUUUGUUUUUAAAACUGCUAUACCACUAAUUAUUAAUUGUAUGAGUAACAAUUUGAAGAUUACUUUAUUGAUUGCUAUUAUUUUGUGUACAUUAUUUUAAAACCUUUUUGUUCAUAAUAUAUUACUAAAAGUAAUAUUAUUCAAAGUAGUUUAUACUUGGUGAAAUUUUUCUAAUAAAUAUCUACUUAUGUGUGUUAAUUUAAUAUCCGUUAGUUAUUGUUAGUCAAGUUAAAAUUGGAUAUUAAUAAUAAUUAAUUCGUGUGACAUGCCUGUUGCAAUGCAUAGAAGACGUGUUAGUAACUUUACAUAUGUUAGUCCUUGUGUAAAAUAUAUGAUAUUUUUACUUAAUUUUCUAUUCUGGUUAUUUGGUGGAUUAUUAGUGGCUGCUGGUACAUUUGCAUUUUAUGAAAAAUGGAACACUAUGGGAUCAAUUAAACUUAACACUUUUUCGGAUGUAAUUCUCAAUAUAUCAUUAGUUUUAAUUAUUGCUGGGCAGAUUAUAUUUAUUGUGAGCUUUGCUGGUUGUAUUGGAGCCCUCCGUGAAAAUACUACUCUACUUAAAUUUUUUUCAUUCAAGUAUUUAAUUGACUAUUUUUCAAAAAAAUAUAAUGACAAAAAUAUUAAUGCACUAAAUUUGCAAAACAUAAAUAAAUCUUACAUUGAAAAAAAUAAAAAUGAAAGUGUUUUUCAACAACUUGAUAUCUAUGAUGAAAUUCUUAACUUACAACAUUUAAGAAAUUAUUACACAACCAAUUCUAGACCAUUAGAGUUUAAACAAAUUAAGUUUUACAAUGAUUGUAUUGCUAUAAAUAGAGAUCAAAUUUUGAAUUUGAUGUAUAGCACAAUUAAUCAGAGUAAUAAUAGUGCUUGGAGAUUGUAUAGGCAAACUAGGAUAUCAGCUAGUUCUAAAGCUCAUCAAAUAAAAACAAGACGAGCCAGGAAUGAAGAUUUAGCAUUAAGAUUCAUUAAAGAUAAAAAAAUGAUUGGCAAAGGAUUAAAGUAUGUAAAUUAUGGAAUAGAAAUGGAAGAUUUUGCUCUUAAAAAGUAUUCACUUAUAAAUAAUGUACAAGUUAUUAAAUGUGGUUUAGUUAUACAUCAGAAACAGCCCUGGAUUUGUGCUAGUCCUGAUGGUAUUGUUAUUCAAAAUGGUAAAGUUGAGAAACUAUUAGAAAUAAAAUGUCCUUAUAAUUGUAAAGAUAGUUUGUUAUUUGAUGAAAAAAAACAAAUAAAUAUUCCAUAUUUACAUUAUGAUAAAGAAAAUAGUAUCAUUUCUUUAAAGAAAAAUCAUUGUUACUAUACUCAAUGUCAAAUUCAAUUAUAUUGUACUGGAUUAGAAUUGUGUGAUUUAUUUAUUUGUACCAAACGUGAUUGUAUAACUGUCACUAUUAUAAGAGAUGAAUUGUUUCUUGAAAAACUUAUCAAAAAAAUUGAACUUUUUUAUUUUAACUAUUUUCUUCCAAAAUUAACUUGUGUAAAUACAUAACGUGAACAAAUUGUUUAAUGAUUUAGAUGCCUCAUUUUAAACUUAUUUA